GCGAACCUCUCGUGCUGCCCGACGAGCUGUACUACGAAUUGGAAUCGCGAGGCCCUGGAUACCUUGAUUGCUUCAUCCUCCCUCCCAAGAAGCCGGCGGGCCCCCGCGCCUGUUCCACACCUGGCAACGCCAGUCAGAGCUGCGCGCAAUGGUAUUCUCAUGUGAUAGCAGGGAGUGGCAGAUCUUCCCGUGGUCGGAGUCUGUGGCGCCGCAGCUUACUCAAUCGGGGUGCUGGCUUCAAGUUAAAGGUGGAACGAUGCUGAAUGGAUUCGCGUAUUGGGAACACACUGAUGAGGCCUACAUGCUGGUACUCAACACUGCGACACAAGAAUUCUCACAGAUGCGCCUGCCCGACUGGCUGGAAGGCUCAGGGGACACAUAUAUGGUUGGAGAGACCAGAAAUGGGCAGCUCUGUAUCGUCAGCCCAGUUGGAUUCGGGUUCUAUGUUUGGGUCUGGAGAGCCAAUGCUGACGGCAUCUACAGUUGGGUGUUGGACAACAGGUUCAAGAUGUUGAACAUUGUUGAGGUCACCAAGGGUACACCAGAGGAACAUCGUGAACUGAGGCUUGUGGCAAUUAUCGACGGAUUUGUGUAUUUCUCUACCAGUGAGACGCUCUACGAUCCUCUUUCUCCUGCUUGGUUUCUAUCAAUGUGCAUGGAGACAGGGAAGCUGGGCAAGCUCUUCAAGAAGAAACUUGAACUCGAUAUCCGUCCCUACGUCAUGGCAUGGCCUCCUGGUUUGCUCCCCCAACUUGAAGGUGCUUGACAAAAUUAUGAAUAUGCCAUGGCCUCCUGGUUUGGGUCACUGUAUGGAAUUCUCCAGUAUUGACAUUAUGAAGAUGAGAAACAAAAGGUCAUUCUUAUUUUGUCCGUCCUUACAUCAUGGCAUGGCCGCCUUCUUUGGUGCACAACAAGGUUCUUCGGUUCUUCCUCAUCUUGAAGAUGCUUGACAAAUGUUGACAAUGUAUCAUAAUGUUUUGUUCUGUUGGCACCUUGUGGAUCUUUCCAGUAUUGACAUUAUGAAUAUGAGAAAGAAAAGGCCAUUCUCAUUUUGAGAUAUGAGCAAAGCGAGCUAUUGACAUGCUGUAGCCUUUAUCAAAUGCUUUCCUUAGGUGUUUGUUUUCUGAAUCAUCAUCCCCAAGGACAGACAGUAAUACUUCUAAGGACAGACAGUAAUACUUCUAAGUUCAGCAGUA